AUGACUUUUUCCAAGAUACACGUCGAGAAUCCUGUGGUUGAGCUCGAUGGCGACGAGAUGACGAGGAUUAUUUGGGCCUGGAUCAAGGAGAAGCUCAUCCUACCUUAUCUUGAUAUUGAUAUCAAAUACUAUGAUCUAUCUAUCGAGCAUCGUGAUGCUACUGAUGAUCAAGUUACUGUUGAUGCGGCUAAUGCUAUUAAAGAGUAUAAUGUUGGUAUUAAGUGUGCUACUAUCACGCCAGAUGAGGCCCGUGUGAAGGAGUUCAACUUGAAGAAGAUGUGGAGGUCUCCCAAUGGUACUAUCAGGAACAUCCUCGACGGCACCAUCUUCCGAGCACCUAUCCUCUGCAAGAACGUACCCAGAUUGGUUCCUAGUUGGACUCACCCUAUUGUCAUUGGUCGUCAUGGUCACGGGGACCAAUACAAAGCUGAAGAUCGUGUGGUGAAAUGUGCUGGUAAGUUUACUAUGACAUUCACACCGGAUGAUGGCAGUGAGCCACUCAAUGUCGACGUUUUCCAUUUCGAUGAGGAUGGUGGUGUCAUUCAAGGCAUGUACAAUACUGACAAGUCAAUCUAUGGUUUUGCUCGUUCCUGUUUCAUCUACGCCCUCGACAUGAAGAUGCCACUUUACCUUUCUACUAAGAAUACCAUCCUCAAGAAGUAUGACGGCCGGUUCAAAGACAUCUUCCAGGAGAUGUACGAUAAGGAGUAUAAGGUCAAGUUCGAGGAGCUCGGCAUUUGGUAUGAGCAUAGGCUUAUCGACGAUAUGGUGGCCCAGGCGAUCAAGUCGUCUGGUGGUUUCGUUUGGGCCUGUAAGAACUACGAUGGUGAUGUCCAGUCGGAUAUCGUCGCUCAAGGAUAUGGUUCAUUGGGGAUGAUGACGUCAGUUCUGGUCUGUCCCGACGGUAAGACCAUCGAGGCCGAGGCUGCUCAUGGUACCGUCACUCGCCACUAUCGUCAACAUCAGAAGGGUCUCAAGACGUCUACUAAUCCCAUUGCUUCAAUCUUCGCCUGGACUCGAGGCUUGUCCCAUCGAGCCAAGCUGGAUGGUAACGAUCAACUGAUGAAGUUUGCUCAUGCUCUUGAGGAAGUCUGCGUAGAGUCCAUUGAGAAUGGUGCCAUGACCAAGGACCUGGCCUUGUGCAUAUAUAACUGUCAGCCCUCGGAGUUGAAAGAAACUCAGUAUCUCACAUCGGAAGUCUUCAUGGACGUCCUUGCCAAAAAUCUCGAGCCAAAGAUGUCUCUACUCUAA